AUGUCGAGCUCCGAGCCAUCAUAUACGGUCUUUAUUAGACUUCCAUUUCCUCGAGGGGAUUUUGUCGAUCCUCCUUCAGUUGAUUGGGACGCAGCAAAGGACAGAGCCUUAUGGAAGAUCCUCUCGAAAGCUUCCAAGAACAGCGACAUCGACUGUAACGCAACGAAAUUCGAAGUAUCCUUAGCCUUCCUUCUCCAACAAGCAGCAUGGCUUUACGAAAGACAACUGCUCCAAGUCCGAGCUCAGAUGCGGAAAGUUGGGGUGUCGAAAGGAUCCGCUGCACCAUCGCCGAUUCCCGGGAGCACAUCUGAGUCUGCGGGAGGUGAGGCUAUGCGCAGGACAGGUUCAGGGGGAGGAGGUCCGCGAUUAGCAUCCGCUCUAUCAUCCCGAAAAGACUCUCCAGUACCCAGAAACGACCCGAGUGUGCCAGGCACUCCCAGUCGACCAACAGCUCCACCAUUCUCCCGCACAUCAUCAGCAAACACAACCGCUACAUCCCGAAACCUUGCCCCUACAAGUCCACGACCAACACACGCAACUCUAAAUCGGCGUUCCCUCUCACCGAAAACCAAAUCCCGCCCAAACUCUCUGGCCAUCGAACCACUCACACGCUCUCCUCGCCCCGCUCCCCUGUCCUCUCCCGAAGAAACCUCAUCCUCUGACUCCUCUGACUCCGAGCCACCCAUGCAAAGUCGACUCCUGCGCCGUCCUCCCCGAUUCACCGCAAACAAACUAGGACAAUCCGGCGACGCAGACGAGGAAGACGAGAAUCCAGCUUUCAUGCCGUUUGCCGCCCCUUCAGAAGCGCCAUCACAUCAAGAUCCCAGCGCCACACUUCGAGGAGAUCCGCGAAAUAUAGGCAGCAGACGGCCAGCACAUAAGAAGUCGAUGGACGCAGCGCUCCAAUCCGCAACCUCCGACUCCUCAACCAGUUCGACCGCGCCAGCUCCCCGACGUCCAGAGCCAUUGCGGGGAACGCAACGACAGAUACUGACAGGUCCUCUGUCGCCGAGAAGAACAAUGGAGCUGGCGGGAAGGAGUCCGGGGUUGAAGGGAAAGGGACGGCAGGAUAGUGAUGGGACGCCGAGUAUGGGAAGUAGUUUUAGUGAUUUGGAUGAUGCAUCAGUAACGCAAAGCGCUUUGGAAGAGGCGUUAGCGAGUAAUAUGCAAGCCGGAGGCGGGAUGGCCAGUCGAAUGAGCUCUAUCAGCCAGGCUCUCCGAAGCAAGUAUUUAUAA